AUGCCUGAGUAUGUUGCUGUAGAGGACACACCGCUUGCAGUCCCGCUGGUCUUGCGUCCUUCGACGGAAACGACGCCCGAAUAUCCCAACGGAGAGGACACCUCGUCGCCUGCGCCAAUAUGGGUCGAGCGAAUGCCCAUUCCCGAAGUUCUCCCCGCUCCAAUGUCGUUUGCGCCGGAUGACACCAGUGUUGAGUCCAAGUGGCUGGACUACACCCUUCCACCCGUCGUAGAAUCUUUGAAGGCUGGAUGGCUAUUCAAGAUCCAAGCGUGGGGUCUCGUGUCUGCUGUCCGCUUCGAUUGUCCAACCCCGGAAAGGAUUUUCUGGCCGAGGCGGAAUUGGGGACGGGACGGCACUAGCGUGUCUGAAAUAGAGUUGCUAUUCGAGACAAGGACAUGGAGGUGGAAGACCCUCGUCUACGCAUGGGAAAUAUCCACUUAUGUCGGCGUAUUUAAUUUGGUGGUUAUGGUCACCCUUGAGGUAACAAUCGAAGAUGGUCCGAUCUCGCGGGCCUUCCUUGAAGGAUCGAACUACUUUGUUCUGGUGGUCACGCUCGUCUACAUUUUGUGGUACCACGGGCUGGAGUGGAAGCUCCGUAUACGACGCUUGAGGAGGGUGGUUAAUCGAGCGAAGAGAAGGCUAUGA